AUGGCUGCAGUACAUGUGAUUGUACCGAGGUUAUUCUCGUUUUGCAUAUUACACAGGUACUACGCGAUCGCGGCGCCUUUGCAUUACGGAACUCUGGUAAACAGCCGCAAAAUCAUGUUGGGUCUCUGCGGCAUAUGGAUCGUGUGCUUAUUGAUCUCGAUGCCGCCGGCCCUCCGGAUGGUUCCCUACACUUAUCAGCCGGGCUUGCCCGUCUGCACGACAGACUUCAGCAAAGGCCGGGCCACGAUAUUUUACAGUAUUUUCUACACGACCGUCACCCUGGUGCUGCCCGGCGUCAUCAUACUCGGAUGCAACAUAAAGGUCAGUUUCCAGACACUACUGAUAACGCUCGCUAUCGAAUAUUUACCGACAUUGCAUUAAUGCGUUUUAAACAAUUUAUACGAUUUGUCAAAUCAAAUCAACUCUAACUCUCUCAUUUCUCAAUAUACGAAUUUCUUAAUUCGUAUGAACGAUAUUUGGAUUAAUAUUUUUUGCAGGAAUUGAAUCAAAUAAUGUAUUAUAAAUGUACAAUUUAUAUAAGUUCAAUCAUAGUUGAAAUAAAAAUAAAUCCGCAUACCAAUACGGAUUAACUAAGAUUCAUAAUGGCGUAAUAAAUUAGUGCAUAUUAACGACAGCAUCACUGUUCAAAAAUUGAAUGGGUUUUCGUAGACUUUUUUGAAAAAUAAUAUUCUAAUAUUAUAGGUAGGUAUCUCAUAUUUUCCAAGUUCACUUUUAUUUACUUCUUUGGGGCGACGAAGAAAAUAAGAUUUCUCAACUUACGAGGUCAUAGUGUAUUAUUAUGUAAAUAAUAGAUAUAACUUGUACGCAUUUAUAAUUUCGCUGAAAAUAAUAUAAAUGAAAAUAAUCACAUUUCGUAACACCAAAAAUGAUAAAAUAACCACGUAAUAAGAUUGUUUUUACGAUAUUUUUAUUAAGUAUAUGAAAUUAUUAUUCAAUUCCAAAACUAUACUUUGUUCGCCGAAGAAAACGGUUGACAUUUACGCAUGGGAAGUAUAACUUUUGAGACUGCGUUUUAAAAUUUUUAAUGUACUUUUAUAUCUGGAAGUUUUAACGUUACAUUGUUGUAGCGUGUUGGGUCUAUGUUAAUUCCGUCUCGUUCAGAAAAUAUAGUGAUUUAUAAAAAACAAAAUUUAUUUAACAACUAAAUUUUCUAGCAAGAUUAAAGAAAAUAAAAUCCGAUAAAAUUAACCAUGACCCACACGACCAUGGAACCUUUAUUGUUAAGCGAAUGGAGCGACGAUAUUAGAUUUUAGUUUCUUCUAUGAGUAACAUUUUCGAUGUCCGUGAAUUUGGCCCCCCGACAUUUUCCGAUCGAUUCGAUAAGUAUGUCAGUAUUUCACAAAUUUAUUUUUAAAAUUUGCAAAUAAAUCGUUAUAAAAGUUAUAACCUAAAAACCAAUAUUAAAUUAUUUUCAAUUAGUUUACAAAAUAUUGACAUAGUAUUCGAAUUAAUCGGACAAUGUCAGGAAGCCAAAUUCACGGACAUACAUUUUCUCUUGCAUACAUAAUUUCUCUUUUAAGGCGGUAUCCCAACGAAAUCACGAGUCGUGUCGUGUGCUUUUUGUUGUAUAAUGAUUGGCCGUUGUAAACUAGGUAAAAUUCAGUAACCGGGAAAUUAUUAUUUGUUAUCAAGCAUAUUAUUAUGUAUCUGUGAACACGACACGUGAUGUCCUUGGGAAACGCCUUUAUCCUUGGUUUUUUUUUACCACACUGCACUAUCAGUCGGCUCUUCCUUAUGCACACUCCCACUCAAUAAUAUGCAUACUAAAUACGAUCGAAAAGUUAUACUUAUCAAGUUAUCUUAACUUAUUGUGUAUAAAAGACCUUUUUUACGACACGAUUGAGCAAAUUCAAAAGAUACAGAAAUACAAUCUUCUUGAUCGAACAUAAUAAACUUUACGACGGUGCCAUGUUAAAUAAUUCUGAAUUAUAUUGUACAAAAAACAUUAAUUUAAAUAAUAUUACAACAAUACAAUCUAUAUGGUAAGAGUUAAAACUUGUUGACUCACUGACGCAUGUGAAGGAUUAGAUGAUUAGAUAAUUUGGAAACAGUUACUUGAUUUUAAUAACUUUAAUGCGAUAAAACGACAAAUGGUCAGUAUCACAAAUAAAACUAAUAUUUAUUGCUUUAUCAUUGCGAACCAAUUUAUUAAUCGAAUACCUUGUGCGCAGCUCGCAGCUAGUCUAAACUUGAUAUCUUGGCAAGUAACAAUAGAGUAGAGCGAGGCUAGUUCAUACAGUCUUGACAUAAUGAAUUUGUAAGGUUUUUCUUUUAUUAUUAUGAUAAUUGAUGUUAGGUCAUUUUGCAAAGUAACUUAAAUAACCUUAUUUACGAAAAAUAAUAAACCAACAAUAACAGUACCUUUAAAUACAUAUUCAAUAACAUUUACAGUCUUUCAAGAGUCUUAUUGAUGCCAUAUUUUUUUAUUAAAUAUACACGUUUUAUAAUAAUAAAUAUAGCUACCUGAUUGUAAAACAAAAUAAAUGGUAACAAAUGAUAAACAAUUUUUCAUUUUAUAACGAAAAAUGAUUUUAACAUUAAUAAAAUAUUUAUAAUUGACCUUCUGCCAUUCGUACCUAUUUCUUAUUUUAUUAAAUGUAGAUAACUAGGUAGUAAUCAUCAAAUUUUGAGACAAGACAUAACAGUGGAAAAAUGUGCCCCUGGCAAAGUGUUACAACUAGCCUCAUAUGGUUUAUUCCUUACAGUUUCUAUUUAUCGGAAAAUUAAUUGACGCCAUUGAAUUCUAUUACUAGAAUUUAAUGUAGUACAUUUUAUAUUGCAUUUUAUUAUAGUAUAUUAUAAUAAACAGAUAUUAAGUAUCAAAAUAAUCUUACCCCAAAUCGGUUAGAAUAAAUUAAAAAUAAAAAUCGAACAAACGAGUUUACUUUAACAGCAAUAGUUCUUUACACUAAUAAAAUAUACUGGAUACUAUUACAAAACACACGGACAUGAUAAUAAUUUAAUGUAUUUCUACAGUCAUUACAGUGUCACCAUAAUUGGCGAUACAAAUUAUCUCUAAUGCAACAACUAGCCCCGCUCUCCCAUAAGUGAAAACAAUAAAUUACAAAAUAUCACUUUAAAUGUGGCAACGUCGCCUAAAAUGCUCAAUCGUGUUGCCAAAAAGGUGUGAUCGCGUUUCACCGACUUAUCACACCGGUAUGCGCGUUUGCUUUGGUUGCAGGUGUUCACCAUCGCCCGGUAUCACAGGCACCGGAUAGCUUCAGCGAUAUUCGAAGUGACCCUGUCGGCCCAGGUGACCAUAACCCACCAGCGGAACCCGUUCUUCCUACCCACGGCCAUGGCCAACAAGCUGCGCCGGAACAACGCGUUCUCCGCCGUGUUCCAGAUACUCGGAUCGCUGGCCGCGUUCUACUUGCCAUACUAUGGGAUAUCGCUGUACGAGUCGUUGUGCGCCGCAAUCGGCAAGCAGCCCCGCACGUACGCGGCCAUCAAGACGCUGGCAUUCGCCCUCAUCACCGGGUCGGCUCUUUGCAACGGGCUCCUGUAUGGCAUCAAAAACAAGCUGCUGAAAAAGACGUACCAAAACUACAGACGGAAGAUGAUGACCAAGUGCGAGGUGAACCAGGAAAUCCAGGCCAGGACGCCGUCGGCGUGCGGGUCCCGUAGACCGUCACUGACACCCGUGGCCGCGGCCGCCACCGGCGGUGCCGGCUGCGGCGGAUGCAAGAUCGGCCCGACGGCCGUGGCGCUACUCCGCCGGCGGUCAUCCGAUAUGAGCUUAAUGAUGGAGCCCCUCGACAUCCGGCGGCAGUACAGCGGCGAGGGCGACGACGCGGACUAUGGCGGCGUCGGCAACUACCACAACAACGGACCGAUGAUCAGACGGUCGUACUCGACCAAUACUACGGCGGCCGGUGGCGGAGACGCGGCUGCCACGGAAAGGCUGAUCGCUGCGAACCGGAACGCGUUCGUCCGGCGGAUAUUGCAAGACUCGCGGCCCGGCCGGUCGCCCCGGAUACUCAUCACCAGGGCCAUGUCCGAGGAGAACGAGUCGUACGCGUUCGAGCCCGGCACGCCAGUCAGAAAGGACCUGCUGGCCCAAAAACUGUCGUCGUCCAGCGUCACGCUGUUCAUCGACGACCGCGGCAGCCGGUCCGGCACCGGCGCCGGCACGCCGUGCCUGGACGACGAAGACGAUACCUCAUUGCCGGCCUACAGCAGCCUGUCGUCCAGCAACGACGACGGCGGCAGCUGUUGCGGCAGCGGCCCGGCACGCGUUUCGUCCAUGUGA